UGACCCUGUCAAUGACAACAUACCCACAGUGUUGCCAUAUCUAAACUGUCAGUUCCCACUUGUCAGCAUUUUGACAGGUAAUUACUUUAUUUUUGAUUUGACAAACUGGGCGCUUCGAAGAGAAAAAUAAAAAUUGGCGAAGACAGGAAACUUAAAUAGUUCUAAAGGAUGAGCGAAGAUACACCAGAUGUUCAAGAAAUAGGAGACUCUCUACAGUCUAUGAAUGUUGCACAAGAUUUGUCUCCAGAAAAACAAAAAAUUGAUAUUUUAUUAAAACCAACUGGUAAUGCACCAAUUAUGAAAAAGAAAAAGUGGACUGUAGACAGUGAUAAGAAAAUAGGCUGGAUUAUAGAAUUCAUUAGAAAAUAUUUGAAGUUGGAAACCAAUGAGAAACUGUUUUUAUAUAUAAAUCAAACAUUUGCACCUGCUCCAGAUCAAAUAGUGAAGAAUUUGUAUGACUGUUAUAGUACUGAAGGAAAAUUAGUGCUCCACUACUGCAAGACUCAAGCUUGGGGCUGAUUAUAUGAAUAUUUGUACAUAUACUUUGAUUUCUUUUAAGGCUAAAUAACUAAUUUUUAUAAUUUUAAUAGUAGGACAUUUUAAAAUAGUUUUUGAUUAUAGUUAUAUUAUGUGAAAUUAAUCUACACACAAUUUCAGCAUUCCUGAUAACAUAGGCAAACAUUUAAUUUUUGUAAAUUAACUAGAGCUGCUAAAAUUGUCAAAACUUGAAUACAAAUUUAUGUGGAUGACAACUCUCAGGAACCAAAUAGGGAUUUUAAAGUCACUCAUUUUAUAUCAUAAAUAUAUUCUGAAAAUCAGAAACAUGUUUUUAAGAUUAAUUAAUCAUUAGUUAGAUUGUCAACUUAAUUUUUCACCUUCCAUGAAACAGAGUUCUAUAGUUAUAAGUUAAUUUUGAUUGUUUCAUAUGUUUGUUGCAAGUGAAAAAACAAAAUGUGUUGUAUGCUUACAAGUAACUUGUGAUAUUUAUUUUUAAGAUAAGGCUUUAUCAGUGUAAUCACU